AUGCAGGCUGGUUCGAUAUCAUCAUCCGACAACGACAUCACCCUGUUCUCUCGCCGCUCGCACCGACGAGGAGGCUUUUGGUCAAGCAGUCCCGACGCGGAUAUUCGUCUCGCCCGCGCCAUGGAGAACCACGAGAACGCCUUUGUAAGGAUAUUCACCCAGUAUCAAUGCCAGCAGAUACUCGCGCAGAGCUCUGACAUGCGGAGCUUCAAAGCCGCAGUAUACUCGUGCACGGAGCUUCGUGCGGCAAUCGACGUCGAGAGCCCUGAGUCGUACCUUAUCUGGACGAACAUGGUUGCGUCGAUCAGAAGAUCAGAGAUUCCGUUCGUUCCAGGGGUGACAACUGCAGAGAACUGCGACCACGAGGAUCACAAUGGAGAAGACGACAACAGUGGCGAGGACGAAGACAGUGACGACGAUGACGACGACAACAUCGUGGACGAAGAGAAUGAGGAUGAAGGAAGCGACAGCGGCGACGGCAGUGGUGUUGAAGACAACGAGCAGCGAUACGCCAGUCGAAUCGUGCCCUCGCACUGGAGGUUCAGUGCCACCGAUUGA